ACAUAAACUUGUAACACGGUGGAGGAUAGGUGUACCACCAAUUAAUCGUGCACAACCUGAUAGGAGUUCUGGUGUAGCGUUCAGAGGGAGGUCUUAUCGCGUGGGUGGAUGAAGAUGCUGCUACUAAAAAUAUUUGCUUUGGUACAAACUAGUAGAUUACAUGACUGCAGACAUGAAGCUGUCUAUGAUAUGCGCAACAGCAGAUGAAAGUACAGCUACCUUCACCCAGCCACCCCUGCCAAAAGAAAAUGUUUUGAUGUAGAUUUUCUUCGUCUAGUGCAUAGAAGUUCUGCAAAUGGAUUACUGAUAAUAGUACAAUAUGCCAAUUUGUUGAUGAUUAAAGCUGUGUGAUUAUUCCUUAUUUCCAGUGCUACUCAUGGGAAAUCCAGAUUGUUUAUGUUGGCUGCCUUACAUCUCUUUAAGGGUUAAGUUGCAUGACCCUGUGGAACAUCUAUCCCCUCUUCCUAAUUGGAAAAUGUCACAAACUUCAUUAGGGUGAAUAUCAUCUUUUUUUUUCCAGCAUUUCUUGAAAUGUACUGACGGGCAAUGGUAAGCUAUUUGGUAAAACUAA